GCGGCGCUGCGGCGGGGAGCGGCCAUGGCGGCGCUGGCGGUGCUGGGGCGCGCGGCGGGCGGGGCGCGGCGCUGGCGGGCGCUGGCGGUGCCGCGGCGCGGCGGCGCGGGGCUGGCUGUGGACGACACGGUGAACGGGCUGAGCGCCGAGCAGCGCCAGCUUAGACAGACCAUGACAAAGUUCUGCCAAGAGCAUUUGGCUCCAAAGGCCCAACAGAUUGACCAGGAAAACGAAUUCAAAGGCAUGCGGGACUUCUGGAAGAAACUUGGAGAAUUGGGAGUUCUGGGGAUCACAGCCCCUGUGGAAUACGGUGGAUCUGCCCUGGGAUACCUGGACCAUGUGCUGGUGAUGGAGGAGAUCUCCCGUGCGUCAGCGUCCGUGGGGCUCAGUUACGGGGCCCACUCCAACCUGUGCAUCAACCAGCUCGUGCGCAACGGCAACGAGGCCCAGAAGCAGAAGUACCUGCCCAAGCUAAUUAGCGGGGAGCACAUCGGAGCCUUAGCCAUGAGCGAGCCAAAUUCUGGCUCUGACGUUGUGUCCAUGAAGCUGAAAGCAGACAAGAAAGGAGACUACUUUGUUUUGAAUGGGAACAAAUUCUGGAUCACCAACGGGCCGGACGCAGAUGUUCUCAUCGUCUACGCUAAAACCGACAUGACCACUGUCCCAGCCUCCCGAGGCAUAACCGCCUUCAUCGUGGAGAAGGGAAUGCCAGGUUUCAGGACAGCCCAGAAGCUGGAUAAGCUGGGAAUGAGAGGGUCUAAUACCUGUGAAUUGAUCUUUGAAGACUGCAAGGUCCCCGCUGAAAAUGUCUUGGGGGCACUGAGCAAAGGAGUCUACGUUCUGAUGAGUGGAUUGGACCUGGAGAGGCUCGUGCUGUCCGGGGGCCCCCUGGGGCUCAUGCAAGCUGUUCUUGACCAUGCAAUUCCAUACCUGCAUGUCAGAGAAGCAUUUGGACAGAAAAUUGGUCACUUCCAGCUCAUGCAGGGCAAGAUGGCAGAUAUGUACACGCGGCUCAUGGCCUCCCGGCAGUACGUCUACAACGUGGCCAAAGCCUGUGACCAGGGCCACUUCAACCCCAAGGACUGCGCCGGAGUGAUCCUGUACUCAGCAGAGUGUGCAACACAGGUGGCCCUGGAUGGGAUCCAGUGCCUGGGUGGGAACGGUUACAUCAAUGACUACCCCAUGGGGCGCUUCCUGCGCGACGCCAAGCUCUAUGAGAUCGGGGCAGGCACCAGCGAGGUGCGCAGGCUCGUCAUCGGCAGGGCCUUCAACGCCAUCUUCAAGUAACGCCACCAGUGCAGAGGCAGCACCGUGACCACCACGAGGCCUUGACCACGAGGCUGGAGCGCACAACUCGGCUUCUUCCUGCCUGCCAUUCCAGCAUCAUCACUUGUGGAGUCCCCUCUGCCUGCUUUGGGAACAGAUGCUGCUGGACUGGGCUUGGACAAAAUGAAUCAGAGGGUAUAUGGAAGGAGAAGUGUUUUUUCUCUUUUGUGAUCAUCCUGAGUCAUGGUGUUCAUGUUGAUUCUCAGCUUUGCAAGGCAGAGGUUCAUCCCCCCACCAGGCAGGCUGGCAGAGGAUGUGCAGCCACUCCUACACACAGAAAGUCAACCCAAACCCACCAAAAUGAGCAAUGAGGGAACAACUUUGUUCUUUCCAAAAAGCCCUGAGUGCCAUUAAACAGUUAGAAUUUAGCAUAUUGCCAUUGGAAGGUGAAGCCUCCUGCUGUGACCUUCCAAUGGGAUUUAAUACCUUCCAUUAUAGGAACUUGACACCAACCACAUUGUGGGGUUACAAUCAUAAGCGUUUAAAAUCAUUUGCGCACAAGCAGCGUUUUAGGUGCUGAAUCCUAAAACCUCUUUAAAUCCUGUGCAUGUUUCUUUGCAGAAUGUCUUUCCUAUACUGGCUGCUUCUGGAGUUAUUUGGGUGCAGACCUGAGUCCUUGCUGUGCUGUCUGACUGCUCCCACCAGAUCAUUCUCUCAGGGUUGUCACCAUCCAUCACUCUGGGGACAGUUAACACAUCAGAGCUGUGUUGUGACAUCCGUGAAUGAAGCAGGCAGAAGGGAACUGACUUCUUUGGGGUUUGGUUCCCUCUGAAGGUUGUUGUUUUGGCCAAGCCUGUCCUCACACUCCAACUCCAGGCAGCUGAGCAAUGUGUUUGUGAGUGAUCUCAGUGCAUCUUAUAUCCAGAAAAUCGGGGCUUAACCAGCUUUUUAAAGGAAAUUGCACAGCACCCUGCCAGCCUUUAAGUGUGAAUCACCAGUUGAAAUGGGCUGCUGGAAAUGUGAUUGAGCAGUUAAUUAAACAGUUGCCGUGUUGGCAGUUUUUUCUCAGCAGUUUUAGCAAAACUCA